AUGAGGACAGUCCAUACGUAUACAUCUGCUCAACAGCAGCAGCAACAACAACAACAAUCAUCUUUAUCAGCGGCAUCGUCGUCAUCAUCAUCAUCAUCAUCUUCUUCUUCAGCAACAACAAGUCAACAAAAUUUACAUCAACAUUCGUCCAUGAGCGGUUAUCCAAGUGUACGACAUAGUUUAUUUCGUAUGCACAGUCAACUUCGAUCAGCACCAAACCGACGAGAAGCAACUCAAGGUCCUAUUGAUUUAAGUCUUUAUCGUACUCCUCAGCCAACAAUGGCUAAAAUGACAACACGUUCGACAAGUACAACCAGCACUACUACUAUUCGACCUGUUCCCAUUAUAACAUCAUUGGUUACAACACCUACCCACACUAUAUUCAGUAAUGCAAUGCCUUCCUCCACAUCCACACAAACAGCGACAUCCCUAUAUAGUCAUGAACAGAAAAUAAAGUUACAAAGAUCUUUUUCUUCCGAUGUAGUCACCAAACGUUCAUGUUCUCCAACUCGCGUCUCGUCGCCUAAAUUAGCGUACUCAUAUUCGAAUAUCGAAGAAAAUCUUCAGUGCGCCUUAUGUAUCGAUCGCUUACGUGAUCCUCGUGCCUUGCCAUGUCAACAUGUGUUCUGUUGUUCAUGCCUGAAAUCGAUUCCUUCAUCGAAUUUGCCUUAUCCAACAAUAUCGUGUCCAUUAUGCCGUCGAACAUUUCCAUACAAGGGUGCUGAGCAAUUUCCCGUUUCAUAUAUUCAUCGACAAUUACUCGAACUCGUUCCGAAAAAUUAUGAAGUUAAUGGUAAAUGUACAAAAUGCCAAGAGAAAUCUUCCUUAGUCUUAUGUUCCUGUUGUGAUUUUCUUCUCUGUCAACAAUGUUUUCAAAACGAUCGUGAGAAAGUUCUCGAUAAUAUUAAGCAUAUCGUUCAAACGUGCCGUUUUCGCGUUUCCCGUAUUCAGACGACUCACCAUCAAAUUAAUGAAUUGAAAGAAUCGAAUCGAAAGAAAAUUCAACAAGCUGAGAAUAUUUAUGAAAAUUUUCAACGGAAAUUCUUCGAACACAAACAAUUGACUUUAGAUUGCUUAAAUAGAUACAAUGAACGAAUCAGUGAAAAUUUCUGGUCAAAACUAAAUCUCUCGACACGAAAUCCCACCGAGGAAAUUACCGAUUUAUUAAAAAGAGCCGAAUCUCUGCUAGAAAAAUCUCAAACAACACAAUUCGAUGAUAUUCUUUCGUUAUUUUAUAAUUUGAAUUCAGUUAAUGAACAAUUAGAACAUGCCAAUGCAUUGAUUGAUACAUGUGAUGUACAAAAUUUGCUGAAACAAACAAUUCAAUUUAAUCCUGGUAAUGAUUCCGAUGAACAAAUAUCUGUCCGAUUAAAUCAGAUAGAGGAUACCGAGAAAACACUGCCGUUAAUUCCUUCAACCAUCCUACCCCGAUCAAUUAAACGUCUGCGAAAGACCGAACCGAAGAGACAUGUGGAAGAAAUCGACGAAGAUGAAAGCCAAGACGAAGAAGAUUCAAAUGAUAAUCACGAACAUUUGCCGAUUUUGAAACGUAUGAAAGUCGAAUAUCAAAACGAUUUCAAUUUUGAUAAUUUUUCCUCAUCGCCAAAUUCGAUCCUAUGCCUGAAUUUACCAACGUAUGAGCAACAGCAACAGCAACAGAUUUCUGAUGACGACGGUGAUAUAAUUUACGUCAAAACAAUCCAACCCAUAUCUUCACCGACGAUUCCUUUCGAUGAACUCUUUCAAAUGAUUGAGACGAAUCAAUGA